AUGUCUGCAACUAUGCUUGCAUCGUACUGGGAUUGGAUCAUACCAUCUGUGAUUGUCGUUGUUCUAAUUAUUAUUGGUAUUAUUUUGUUUCUCUACUUGACAAUCAAUCCAAAUUUUGAAAUAAAGCAUGUUCCUGCAGAGCAAUUACCACUGCUACUCGCUAAUGCAAUACCAGCUUCUGAUAGAAAUACUCUAACGUCUGCUGCUGAUGGGAAUACUCGAGUUGUUGCUCCUGAUAGAAAUACUCUAAUGUCUGUUUCUGAUGGAAAUACUCCAAUUGUUGCUCCUGGUAGUAAUACUCUGACUGCUACUCCUAUCGACACAGUUGUCAAUGAUGGUUCAAUACUAUUUAAUAAAGCUAAAAGUGUAUGGUCUAUUAUCUCUAAAAAUGCGGCGACGACCGAUGUUCACACUAUACAUGGAAAUGUUUUACCUGCUAAUAUCACAAGUCCGUUAGAGCUUCAAUGUUGGUCGUCUUUGCCUGUUUCUCGUUCGUCUACUCUAACGAUUUGCAGUCGUUUAGGUGUACGUAUUCUUCGAUUUGAAUUUGAUCUCGAAUUUCUUUACGGUGGCUCGUUAAAUGGACGAGGAGCAUAUUUGGAUGGUAUUACUGUAACUCCAUCAUGUACGACUGUUGCCUGGUGUUAUGUAUUCAAUGCAAACGUUGAAAUAACAUCUGUCCGUAAUGUGGGCACAAGUGAUAAUCCAAUUGCUGCCGCGCAUGUUGAAUUAAAGUAUCAAUUAAAAGCACUUAGUCGCGUAGAAGGAACAGUAUCAUUUGAUGUCAAAGGGGAUGGACGCGUGGAUAUGUUACAUAUGAAAUAA